GAACCACCCUGAAGGCCCUUUUAGUUGGGCCUGUUAUUUUUCUGUUGGUCACACACAGGCCUGGCCCGCACCAUGAAGGGUUUCACUGCUGCAUUCCUCAUCUGGACCCUGAUCUCUCCCAGUGGUGGUGCCCCCCCAGCCUGGCCCACACACACAGCCUGCAAGGACUCGAGCUUGGAAGUGCUCUACCAGAGUUGUGAUCCAUCACAAGAUUUUGGCUUUUCUAUUGACCAGUGUUCCCAACAUUUAAAAUCAAAUAUCAACAUUAGAUUUGGAAUCAUUCUGAGAGAGGACAUCAAAGGGUUGUUUCUUGAUGCAAGUCUCCUGACGGGAGGAGAGUCCGUUUUGAAUUAUUCCUAUCCCAUCUGUGAAGAGGAUCUUCCCAACUUUUCUUUCUGUGGAAAAAGGAAAGGGGAGCAGAUUUAUUAUGCUGGCCCUGCCAAUAAUAUUGGAUUUGAUAUUCCCAAGGGAAACUACCAGGUUUUGCUGAAACUGUAUAAUGAAAAGCAUUCCAUGGUGGCCUGUGCCAAUGCUACCAUCAUUUGCUCCUGAGCAGCUCAAAAGCACAGCAGCCUUGUCAUGUGGAAAUUCCAGGCAUCUCCAACUGAACCCACCGUGUAAGCAGAACCUCUAUGAGAAGGCUUGCUGAAGGCACUGGCGCUGACUUAGCCCAGCACCAGGGGCCCCAGUCUCCUCUUGUGGAAUGAAGCUCCCGGAAUCACUUGCUUUUAAGGAGCCUCCUGGCAGUCACAGCAGUCCUGAGGGCCCAUCCUCUGUAAGUGGGCACCUCACACCACAUGCCCUGCUUUGCAGCUCCCUAGGAGUGCUUCCUCAGGAACCAGAAUAAAGAAAGCUGGCCCACAGUGGAUCAUGGUUCUUCAAAGAAUCGGAGUACAGUCCUGUAGUGAAGUCAUUUCCUGCAGACAGGGCACUGGGGCCAGGCGCUGUGGCCUGUCACUGCAUGGGUGGUUCUAAGAGGGUCCGGAGGAUGGUUGCCCUGCCUAAGUUAGCGCGCUGGGGAAACCUGUCAUCCUUCUGCUGGGCAAGCCCCUCCCCCUGGACCUCGAGGGCAGAGAAGCUGACACCAAAGUCUUAUUUGAUGGAUAGCUGCACAGCUAUGUACCUGGCCCUGCUCUCAGCCUGGUACUCCAGGGAGCGAAGCUGGCACUGUCCCUGCCUUCACGGAGCUUGUGGUCCCCUGAAAUACUACAAAGCCACCUGUCGGUCAGUGGACACAUUUAUUCAUACACAGAAGCACCUCAGUGCCCUCUGUUAUGAGCAGGUUGCCUGCCUGCUGUCAAAGCCAUCUUAGCAGCCCCAUCUUCUCCUGUCCAGGCACUUGCACAACUGAUUGGUGGGCCCCACAGCCCCUUUGCCAUCCCGUGUCCUCCCUAACCCUCUUUCCUGUGUCUCUGGGCCCAACACCUGUCUGGCCCUGUUGUCCUGCGAAGGGGCUGGAGUCUGGUGACUGGGUUGACUUUAGCAUUUGCAAGUCUUUCCUAUCCAUGACAGUGCCACUACAUUAGAGAUAAAGAGGGGGAAAUGCCAUAGUUUUAAAAAGUU